CACCAGUCUCCCAGGAUGAGACACACAAGUCCAGAAGUACCCAUGGCUGCUGUCAGUGGCAGAGAUCUCCUGUCCAGCGGCAACAACCAAGGGUGGAAGAUAGAGCCGGGAGACUUCCAAAUAAAUUAUUCGCCUAGCCAACAUCGACGGGGGGUGUACCUGCUGUAUGAAAUCAGGUGGAGAAGAGGUUCCAUCUGGAGGAACUGGUGCUCAAACACUCAUAGACAACAUGCUGAAGUCAACUUCUUAGAAAAUUGUUUCAAAGACAGGCCACAAGUUCCUUGCUCCAUCACCUGGUUCCUUUCAGCUAGUCCCUGUGGAAAGUGCUCCAAAAGGAUUCUGGAGUUCCUGAAGUCACGCCCUUAUGUGACCUUGAAAAUAUAUGCAGCCAAGCUGUUCAGGCACUACGAUAUCCGUAACAGAGAAGGUCUCUGCAACCUGGGAAUGCACGGAGUCGCUAUACAUAUAAUGAAUCUUGAAGAUUACAGUUACUGCUGGAGAAACUUUGUUGUCUACCAACCUGGAGAUCAUUAUUGGACCCAGGACUUCAAUGCACACUACUUUCUGAAUUGCAGAGAACUCCUUCGUAUCUAUUUGGGGCUUCCUCCAUUUCUGACAAACUGAACACUAACAAGCAUCACCACCAUGUUUCUAAGCUCACUUUGUGCAUCAGUACAAGACCAGAAAAUCCAGUCCCUGGCAGUGUUUUCUGCUGCAGCCUUGAUAAGCUUCUUGCUGCCACCAGAGGAGACUCUUAUCACUGACUGAGCAUUGCUAAGUAUUGGACAGAGCAGAAGGAGCUCAUGAGAAGCCAUCAGCAAGCUCGGAUGAUGCAGCCAGGCAUCCAGGACACAGUGCUCUGUGUCUUUACAGAGCUUCCUGAGAGUCCAGUAAGGAUGGAGACUGUGCCCCAUAAUCAGGCCUUCCAUGUCUGCUGAUUCUGCAAUCAGAUUCUGCAAGUACCCUCUUGAAAGGCCAGCAUGUAACAUUUUUCAUGCUCUGAUCUGUUCCAAAGAAGUAAUCAGCUAUGCAUUCUUGCUUUCAGAAUUUCUUAUGAAGAUCACUUUUAUGCCUACAUGUGUAUGUUUUGGAAAAUAUUUCAUACCUUAACAAUAUUUAUGCAAUACUGUAAUAAUACUUCAUUUUAAGGUUUUAUUUAUGACUGUAAAACCAGUGUA